UGAGCCCGGGCGGAGCACGCCCCUGUGCGGGCAUCUGUCCCCAGUGCCGCUUCUCACCUGUGGCUGCCGACAGGAGCUGGCUCUGACCCAGACACCGAAAUCCCAAAUGUCCCAAGGUCGCCCUGCUGGCCCUGCCAGUGGCCCUCGGCGGCUGCCAGCGAUGGAGCCUGUUGCAGAGCUUGCUUGGCGGGGAACGUCUGCCACUGCUCUAAGAAAAAUACAUCAUGGAUAAAUAUGAACUCAUUAAACAAAUUGGAGAAGGAUCUUUUGGCAAAAUAUUCUUGGCAAAAGGAAAAAUGGAUAAUGAGCCGUGUGUUAUCAAAGAGAUCAAUUUAACUAAGAUGCCUGUGAAAGAAAAAGAAGCCUCUGAGAAAGAAGUAAUUCUUCUGGCCAAGAUGAAGCAUGCAAACAUUGUAACCUUCUAUGCUUCUUUGCAAGAAAAGAACAAGCUAUAUAUUGUGAUGGAAUACUGUGAUGGUGGAGAUUUAAUGAAGAGGAUAAAUAUGCAGCAUGGAGUGCUGUUUGAUGAGGACCAGAUUCUCACUUGGUUUGUGCAGAUCUCCUUGGGCUUGAAGCAUAUUCAUGACAAGAAGAUUUUGCACAGAGAUGUAAAAGCACAGAACGUUUUUCUUAGCAAUAAUGGAAAGGUAGCAAAGCUUGGGGACUUUGGCAUAGCAAGACAGUUGAACAGUACUACAGAGUUUGCCCAUACCUGUGUAGGAACCCCCUAUUACCUUUCACCUGAGAUAUGUGAAAAUCGACCAUACAACAACAAAACAGAUAUUUGGUCUCUUGGCUGUGUGCUGUAUGAGCUGUGUGCACUAAAGCAUCCUUUUCAAGGCAAUAGUUUGCAUGAACUGGUGUUGAAGAUUUGCAGAGGACGUUUUCAACCAGUGUCUCCUAACUAUUCCUACGAACUGAGGAUAUUAAUUUCCCAAUUGUUUAAAAUAUCUCCGAGAGAUCGACCAUCCAUCAAUUCUAUUCUAAAGAAGCCCUUCUUGCAGAAACUUGUUCUCAGAUAUCUGCCCCCUGAGGUAGCGCAGGAAGAACUCAGUCACACUGUGGUACAUAGAAAAAGGCCUUCAGCAUCUCACUCUAGAGCCAAGCAGAUACAAGCAUAUAAACUUCAGAAAACAAGAGUCCAGGACCCAGUUUCUCUGGAAUCUGGAAUAGUGAUGCCUUUCAAGAAACAAGAAUUAUUUCAAAGAAAUGCAUGGAAGCCUCCUUCAAGAGUACAACAGUCUAUUAUUCAGCCACAGACCUCCAGAUUUAAUAUGGCAGAAAGGCCAGGAAGCAUUAGAGUACAUGGUCAUUAUGGUCAUUACUAUGAGAAGCAUGACAGCUUGCAAAGGAAAGCUAAUGCACAUUAUGACCUUUCUCAUAUCAGCCAAAGAGUUGAAGAUUAUUGUAAACUAAAAGGACGAGUUGCAUCUCCACCUCCACCACCCGACUGGACUGCAGAAUUUCUUCAAAGGCGGUUUGAAGCCCAGCAGUACAAGAUUAAAGUGGAAAAACAGAUGGGACUGCGACCAUCCUCUGCUGACCCAUAUCAUGAACAAAUACAGCAGCAGAAAACAAAGGAAGAGCAUCUCAAGAACCAUCAGCAAAACAUGUCUAGAAAGAAUGAAAUGAAAGAACAGGAGUAUUUGAAAGAAUUGCAGAAAAUUCGGGAAGAAUACCACAGUGAUAUAAGAGAAUUCAGAGUCAGAGCAGGAGUACUCCAGGAGGACCAGAAAGUACAAGAUAAAACCUAUCUUGUGAGGCAAGGGAAAGCUGAGCACCAGUCUGAAAACAAAGAUAUAUCCAGAAUAGGAGAAGAAUCACUUCAGGAUAUGGAGGAAAACGUUAAACAAGUCAGACUCCAGGAUAGGCAAGACCAAACAAUAUUAGAAAAGAGACAUAGCACAAAAGGAGGAGUAAAAUUUGAAAUUAAUUUAGAUGUAUGUUUUCCUGAGGAAGACAGCAUUCAAGAAGCAGAGGUAUUAGAUAAACUCAAUGAGACUUUAACUUUUGUGGAUGGUGAGAAUCUUAAGGAGAAAUUGGUGGACGUUUAUGAAAAUCAUACAGACAGAGCUUUGGAAAAACUGUCUGACUACCCAAAAGAGUCCAUACAUGAUGUGAAAAAACCCAGAAAACAUUGGCAACCUGGAGCCCCUCAGACACUACUGAAUUUUUUAGCUGGUGCUGAUGUCACAUCUGCAUGUCCUACUAUGGCUGGAAAUGAACUUGCUCACCAUGUUAUUCUGCCUGAAGACAUCCCGGAAAACAGGAAGCAGUGGAAACAGACACCACCAGAGACACUCCUGAGCGUCUUAGCAAAAGCAGAGCUGUCUGAUGAUUCCUUAAUCUGUUUUGAGGAAGAAGGGAGAUUUACUCUGUUGCCUCCAGAAGAAAACAAGGAAGAGGAUUCAGAAACAUACUCUGCUGCUGAUGUUGAUGAAGGUAGACUUGAGCCAAGAUCAGAUGGUGAAGACACAAAUUUUGAAGAUUCUGAAGAUGAACUCAGACAUGAGCUGGAGGAAUCUCUGGAAAAAUUGUCAACUUCUCCAGCAGAAGAGUCUCACAUCUUUUCAAUAAGUAAAGGUCAAACAGAUGAAGAGAAGAUGAGUUUACCUGACAAACUUGGGAAAUCUGAUGAUGAUUUAGAAAAUAAUCAUGGGUAAUUUGGUGUUGAUGCACAUCAUGAAAAAGAAUUAAAAUUAAUAGAAGGCUGUGAUUCUUUAAAGGAAAAACAAAUCAGGAUACUUUUCAGAUGUCUGAACAUUGAAAAAUCCUCAUCCAGACUGAAAUGCUAUUAUAUUCAUCUAUUAUUCUUAACUACCUGGACAUACCUGACAAGUCCUGCUUGAGCAGAUUUCAGGUUGUGUACUCCGUUUAACCAUUUUUGUGACUCUCCUAGUUCGUGUGUUUUAUUUCCCUAGAUAAAUCAACUCCUUGUUUUAAGAAUCUCUUCCAGCUUUUCAUAAUCAAUGUGUACUGCCAGCACAGCUUUGUAAUCUACAGUUUCAUUUACAUAGUACUGACCCUACGUAGUGACAUCAGCUGCUCAGAAGUUUUAUACAGUAGCAGUAAAAGGCUUUAUUAGUGCCAUGAGAAUUGUGCAUUCCCCAGUUCCUAGUAAAAUAUGUAGGUAUGCAGGUUCUUCCAACCAUGUUUUUUUCACAUAAAAAAUCUCAUACAAUCCAAGUGAAUCUUAAAUAAAGGGAAAACUACAGUCUGUAGUCUGAUUUUAGCA